AUGACCCUCAGGGAUCGGCCUGUGCUCUACAGAUUCUGUGCAGAAGAGCUUGCCGCAGCACUGCAUAAUGCCCUUUUCCAACGCUUCAUUGAAGCAUUAACCCGUGGAUCACGUCCCAUAGAGAUGCACUCCGAUGACCCCAAGCGGUUCAUCAAUGACAUGCUCGCAUGGGUUCACCAAGCCCUGGCCUCAGAGAGGGAGUUGCUGGAGAAUCUGUUCGGAGAUGACAACUCUGGAGAUCUGGGUGGAGUGGGAGUAAGCGAGGCGGGUGAAAUCCCAAGUUCGGCCCAUCCUGUAACCAGGGAUGAGAAAAUGCAGAACGAGAGCGUGGUCUCUGUGGAAGAGUUGCUGGACAGCGUGUUCCAGAGCGUGUGCCGUCCCCUGAAGGUCAGGAUCGAGCAGGUGCUCAUAGCCUCGCCUACUGUGCUACUGUGCUUCGAGCUGUCCCAGCUGCUGGCCUUCUAUUUGGAAACGAUUGGAGGCCUGGCAGGGCAGCGGUGCCAGAUCGUGGCUGUGCUAAGGGGCUGCAAGGAGAUGGCCUCUAGGACGUUCCAGGAGCUGUUGAGGGCCAGGUGUGACAAGCUGCUGAGGAAUGCACCAGUGGUGCCCCAGGACCUGUCCGCUCCUCAGCAAGUGAUGGAGAUAGUCGUGCAGCUCGGCGAGGUCGCCGCCGCCCACGGCUCCUCCACCACCGCCUCCCCCGACGAAUCCAGCCUGUCCGACGUCGUCUCCUCCACCGUCGACCUGCUGGUGGAGGUGUGCGAGCAGACGUCCGAGGCCCUGUCGCCCGACGCACCCACCCGCGUGGACGAGGCCGCCUCCAUGGACCCCGCCGUCCAGCGCUCAUUCCUCGUCAACUGCAUGGACGCCAUCCACGGCUGCUUAGCGGACCACCCCGCCGCCAGGGGCCGCGCCGCGGGGCUGGCAAACGCGAUCGAGGGCCAUCUCGAGGCGUUGGCGACCGCGGGCGUGGCAAAUGUGCUGGCCAGGUGCGGCAUGGCGGAGAUCGUCUCGAGGGUGGCCGAGUACGACGCCGCGGAGCCCGGCAGCCGGAAGAUGGCGUCGGACCCCGCGCUGGGGCUGUCGCGCGUGAGCUCCGCGAUGCGGGCGUUCUUUCUGGACGUGUCGCGGCCGGAGGCGCUGCCGGAGUUCAGAGAGGUGCUGGCGCCGAGGCUGCGGACGGGCGCCGCGGGCCGGGUGGCGGCGGCGCUGGCGGAGGCAUACGAGGAGGUGUACAGCGCGGUGGGGAGGGCGGAGAACGGGUACGGGCCGGAGGGGGGCGUGGAGAGGAUCCGGCACACGCCCGCACAGGUGCGCACGAUCCUGUGCGUGUCCUGA